UUUUUUGUUUUUUUUUGAAAGUGUCACAUUCCUCUCCUCUCCGAUCCGAUUCUUUCUUCGUCUUCUUCUUCUUCACGUCCUCUCCUUCAUCGAAUUUCUGAUGGGUCUCAUCAUCGACAUGUAGAGAAGAAGAACAAAGUCGAUGACAAUGGAGAAAGAAUUCGAUUCAAAGCUCACCCUCCAAGGCAACAACGGCAACGACGGUGGCGCGAGCAUAUCCAGAAGCAAGAGCUUCGCGUUCAAAGCUCCUCAGGAGAAUUUCACCAUCCAGGAUUUCGAGCUCGACAAGAUCUAUGGCGUUGGCUCUUACUCAAAGGUUGUUAGGGCGAAGAAGAAGGAGAACGGAGCUGUGUACGCGUUGAAGAUCAUGGACAAGAAGUUUAUCACCAAGGAGAAUAAAACAGCUUAUGUUAAGCUUGAGAGGAUUGUUCUUGAUCAGCUCGAUCAUCCUGGGAUUGUUAAACUCUUCUUCACGUUUCAAGAUUCGUUCUCACUGUAUAUGGCGCUUGAGUCUUGUGAAGGUGGGGAGCUUUUCGACCAGAUCACAAGAAAAGGUCGCUUAUCAGAGGAUGAAGCUCGGUUCUACAGUGCACAAGUUGUGGAUGCUCUUGAGUAUAUACAUACGAUGGGACUCAUACAUAGAGAUAUAAAGCCGGAGAAUCUGUUGCUGACUUCAGAUGGACACAUUAAGAUUGCUGAUUUUGGUAGUGUAAAGCCUAUGCAAGACAGCCAGAUCACUCUUCUUCCCAAUGCUGCUUCCGAUGAUAAGGCUUGCACUUUUGUCGGUACGGCGGCGUACGUUCCUCCUGAAGUUCUCAACUCCUCUCCAGCAACUUUCGGAAACGAUCUCUGGGCACUCGGCUGCACUCUAUACCAAAUGCUUUCAGGAACUUCUCCAUUCAAGGAUGCAAGUGAAUGGCUAAUUUUCCAAAGGAUUAUAGCCAGAGAUAUAAAGUUCCCAAAUCAUUUCUCAGAAGAAGCAAGAGACCUCAUCGACCGAUUACUUGAUACAGAUCCUAGUAGAAGACCAGGAGCUGGAUCAGAUGGUUAUGCUUCUCUCAAGAGACAUCCUUUCUUCAAUGGUGUUGACUGGAAGAACGUUAGAUCGCAAACUCCACCAAAACUAGCUCCAGAUCCUUCGUCUCAAUCAGCAUCUCCAGAGAGGGAUGGUUCUCCAUGGAACCCAACACAUGUUGGAGAUGCUUCAGUCACGCAGAACGAUGGACACGGUGGCGUCUCUGCAGCUUCUGAAUCCUCAGGUUCCAUAACCAGGCUUGCCUCUAUAGACUCUUUUGAUUCGAGAUGGCAACAGUUUCUUGAACCUGGAGAAUCGGUUCUGAUGAUAUCAGCAGUGAAGAAGCUACAGAAGAUCACAAGCAAGAAGGUGCAGCUAAUACUCACUAACAAACCGAGACUGAUCUACGUGGAUCCAUCGAAGCUUAUUGUGAAAGGGAAUAUCAUCUGGUCUGAUAACUCUAACGACCUCAAUGUUCAAGUCUCAAGUCCUUCUCAUUUCAAGAUUUGCACACCGAAGAAGGUUUUAUCGUUUGAAGACUCGAAACAACGAGCUUUGCAGUGGAAAAAGGCAAUUGAAACUCUUCAAAACCGUUGAGACUCAUAGGCUGAUGCAUGAUAUGGUGUCAAUUGAUUCCCAUUUUUCUAUUUUUUUCUUUGUGUUUUUUUUUGUUAACUUAAUUGAUAACGAUCACUAUAUCUCGUUGUAUGCUUAGAGAAGAGUCUUCUCUGCAUUCAAGGAAGUUUCUUGAGCCAUAAGUUUGUGUUCAAAUUAAGUUUUGAAUUAGUUUCUCUUCUUUCUCACUCA